UUGGCGGGCCGUGGCGAUGACGGUGGCCGGUCCGGUCCGGCCUGCGGCCAGUUCCGCGGCCAGCUUCAGCCCGAUGCCCCGGCUACAGCCGGUCACCAACACGGACCGGCACACACUCAGGUUCAUGGUCGGGGAACGGUGACACAACCGGUGUCUGACUUAUCCAACGUCCCCCUGACCGGCUUCCGCUUCUUCUUCUUCUUCGUCUUUUUUAUUGAGCUGGGACCCACGGGCCACACCCGGAGCCCCGACCAUGGCGAGCCCUCCUCCGGACAUCCCUGGUCAGAGGCAGGGGGUCAAGUCAGAGCCGGGCCCCCCUCUGAGGUCAGCCUAUCAGGGUCUCUUCACCCCCAUCAGCAUGGCCCCCCGGCAGACAUGUUUGACCCCGCCAGCUUGAGAACCGUCGGAGCUUUUUGUGAGUCUCGAUCCAGGAAGCCGUGCCACUGCACCAGGUCCCAGUGCCUCAAACUGUACUGUGAGUGUUUUGCCAACGGAGUGAUGUGCAGCAGCUGCAACUGCUCCAACUGCCACAACAACGCGAAGCACGAGCCGAAGCGCCAGGAGGCCAUUAAGGCCAACAUCAUGUGCACCUCCAGCUGUAAGUGUGUAGGCUGUCGUAACUAUGACGACAGCUCUCCACCGGCUCUCAAAGAGAAGACGGGACUAAUCAGGGACAAGUUCCCGGCCUCGGUCAUCACCCCGGCGGUGCUGGAGGCUGCGUGCGGCUGCCUGCUGGCCCAGGCCGAGGAGGCCGAGCGCGAGGCCCACGCCCCGGCCGUGGCCGAGCAGCUCGUGCUGGACGAGUUCGGACACUGCCUCUCCCAGAUAGUCAAGACCAUGUUCAAGACCGGACCCUACUGA